AUGAGGUUUGGGCAUGACUCAAAUGAUCGCGUGAUAUUCUAUGAUCCGGUCAUCGGUCAACAUAGUAAGAGUGAAGAGGUUUCAAGAGCCGAGAUUCUAGGCAUCUCCAUGCCUCUUACACAUGUCCUGGCACUUUCUUCUUACAAUCUCGGAGGCUGCAACCUAGUUGCGUAUUGGACUUCAUUACAAGUACCGAUGGGACCGGUGUCAAAAAGGCAUAUAUAUCAGACUGUUAAUUUGCAGAUUCGAGUUCUGCCAAGGCCGUCGGCGGUACGGGUGAUCUACCAGAUAUCUGAUAACCGUGAACGGGUAUCUUGUUUUGUGGGUUUAACGUUUAAUUUGUGA